GCUAAUGGCUGUUUGUCAUCCUCGGAGAUAUAAAUUUCCCGGCGGUGUCUCCCGCAGACAGUGCCCGAAGUAUGCUCUGUGCGCCAGCAAGGGCUGAUAACCAGAGAAGAGCAGGGUGCUCCGUGAGCCAGCGGAGCCAGGGCUUCCCAGCUGGGCUGCCAGCUACCGCUCGCCACUCCUGAGACAUGGACAAUGCCGUUGACGGACUGGACAGAGCUUCCAUAGCAGACUCAGAUGGCCUUCCAACAGGCUCCCAGACUCCACCCUUCAAGAGGAAGGGGAAACUGUCCACCAUCGGUAAAAUCUUCAAGCCUUGGAAAUGGAGGAAAAAGAAGACCAGUGACAAAUUUAGAGAAACCUCAGCAGUGUUAGAGAGGAAGAUAUCCACCAGACAAAGUAGAGAGGAGCUGAUAAGAAGGGGCGUGAUUAAGGAAUUGCCUGAUCAAGAUGGAGAUGUAACAGUUAACUUUGAAAAUUCAAACGGGCACAUGAUACCCAUCGGAGAGGAAUCCACCCGAGAGGAGAAUGUAGGGCAGCCUGAAGAAGGUAAUGGCUCUGUAUCUGAGAAAACACCACCUCGGGAGGAAAAGGCAGAAGAUAAGAAAGAGAACACUGAAAACCACUCUGAAACACCGGCAGCUCCUGCUCUACUUCCUCCAGCUCCUCUUAAGCCUAAACCCAAACCUAAACCCAAAAAAUCACCUGUGCCUCCCAAAGGGGCUACUGCUGGGCCCAGCCACAAAGGUGACGAAGUGCCUCCCAUUAAAAAAAAUGCCAAGGCUCCUGGUAAGCAGGUCCCCGUCCCUCUGCCCAAGCCAACAAGCCGAAACACGACCCAAGAGUCUGCUGGUUCUUCUCAUUCAAAAAAACCAACCGGCUCCAAAGCAUCUGCUUCACCAUCGACUUCAUCCACCUCUUCGCGUCCCAAAGGUUCAAAAGAGACAGUUGCUAGCAAAACAGGGACGAUGGGGACCACAAAGGGUAAGAAAAAAACUGGCAAGCAGGCAGCAACUUCUCGGCUAUCCGCGGACACCAUGACCGCCGCUGCAUCUGGUCUCAAAGGAGACUCUUCAGAGGCCAGAGCGGAGAGUCUCCAGGCAGAGCAGACUGUCCCCGGGGCCGAGGAGCAGAGCACGGGCAAAGCCAAGCCCAGCGACCCUCCACCCGCUGUGACCAUCCCACCUUCCCUCCCUGCCCCACCUCUGCUCCUUGAGGAUCAGUGCAUUGUUGCCCUGGACACUCCCGUGGUUCUGGUCAGCAAUGGAGCUGACCUGUCUGUCUCUGCCUUAGACCCAAGUCAGCUCCUCUGGACGGAAGAGCCAACCAGCAGAGCCACUCUCCACUCAGGCGCCGGCUUAAGUGUUAGCAGAGAAAAUGCUAAAUGUUUUAUAACCAAAGACGAGCUGGAGAAGGCAGCCUCUCAGCUGCUGACCCCAGGCCUGAUGGGAGAAUCUUCAGAGUCCCUCAGUGCCCCAGAGGACGAAGGAACCAGGGAGUACCAGGCCAACGACUCUGACUCAGAUGGGCCCAUCUUGUACACUGACGAUGACGAGGAAGAAGACGAGGAUGAGGACGGCGGUGGAGAAAGUGCUUUGGCAAGUAAAAUACGACGAAGGGAUACUCUUGCUAUCAAACUUGGCAACAGACCAUCGAAGAAAGAGUUAGAGGACAAAAACAUCUUGCAGCGAACAUCUGAAGAAGAGAGGCAAGAAAUCCGACAGCAAAUUGGAACCAAGCUGGUCAGGAGACUCAGCCAAAGGCCUACAACUGAAGAAUUGGAGCAAAGAAAUAUCCUAAAACGGAAAAAGGAGGGAGAGCAAGUUCUGGCAAAAAUGGAACUUAAGCGUCGACUCAGCCGGAAGCUCAGCCUAAGACCCACAGUAGCAGAGCUACAAGCACGAAGGAUCCUGCGGUUUAACGAAUAUGUAGAAGUCACUGAUUCUCCUGACUAUGACCGCCGGGCAGACAAGCCCUGGGCCAGGCUGACACCUGCAGACAAGGCAGCAAUAAGGAAAGAACUAAAUGAAUUUAAAAGCACAGAAAUGGAAGUUCAUGAAGAGAGUCGACAAUUUACAAGGUUUCAUCGUCCAUAAAAGAGUGUGGGACUAUUUGCAAGCACAGAUUGAUCAUCUUUAGGGGAAAGAAGCUCUGCUUCCUGAAAAGCUGAUAUUGCACUGAGACCUGAAUGUGUGUGAUUCCGUUUACCUCGUGGUGAAGGAAGUGUGUGUCUCAGCUUUGCUCCAAGUACUCCUCACCUCUACAGCCCAGAGGGGGCCAAUGAGCAAAGGGAAGGAUGCAGCAACCUUGUUGCCCGGAACGUGAACUGAUGGUAAGGGACGCUGUGGUUACGGCAGCUAUUCAUCAGGAGUUUUAAUCAGAGAAGAUGAGUAGAAGACAAUCACCGGCUCCCUC